AUACAGGCUUUAUAUUAUAAUUUAUAUACGCCUGAGCUAGAGAGAGAAACUGACAAAGUGAAGAAGAUGAAGAGGUUAGAGGAUAGUGUUUGGUAGUGCCAGUGAAGGCACAUUGUCCUCCGCUUCUGCAUCCAUUCACGUAUCCCUAUCUACUCCAGCCUGUAGUCUCUUCUCUCGUUAGCUUAAGCAGCUGAAUCACAAUUUCUUCUUUCGUUGUCAAAAUCACUACGCAGUGAAGGAGCCCUAGAAGGGGAGCCGUAGCCAUGGAUCCAUGCCCCUUUGUGCGUCUAACAGUCGGGAAUUUGGCAUUGAAAAUACCUGUGGCUUCAAAGCCUGCUAGCUCUGUUGUUCACCCGUCCUCGUCGCCUUGCUUCUGCAAGAUCAAGCUUAAGCACUUCCCACCCCAGACGGCUGUUGUUCCGUGCAUCUCGACGGAGAGUCAAUUUCCCGACUUCCAGCACCAGGCAUUGUCGGCUACAUUUCACUUGAGCAAGUCUGACCUUGACAGGAUCGCUGCAAAAUCUAUUUUCGCUGGGAAACCGUGCUUGAAAAUCUCCAUCUACACAGGCCGGAGAGGGAAAACUUGUGGCGUUAACUCCGGGAGGUUACUAGGGAGGCUAACCGUGCCGUUGGAUCUGGCGGGAACGGAAUCUAAGGCUUAUGUGUUUCACAAGGGUUGGAUUUCUGUAGGAAAAGACUCAAAAGGAUCCUCUGCACAGUUUCACUUGCAUGUGAAGGCAGAGCCUGACCCGAGAUUCGUGUUUCAGUUCGACGGCGAGCCUGAGUGUAGUCCCCAAGUCUUCCAGAUCCAAGGGAAUAUCAGGCAACCGGUUUUCACUUGCAAGUUCAGCUUUAGGAGCACCGGUGAUCGGAACCAGAGAUCAAGAUCGCUACCUACAGAGUCUAGCGGCGCAAGGGGAUGGCUCAGCUCAUUUGGCAGUGAAAGAGAGCGACCCGGGAAGGAAAGAAAAGGCUGGUCUAUAACAGUCCACGACCUCUCUGGCUCUCCAGUUGCGACAGCUUCAAUGGUCACGCCAUUUGUGGCCUCACCCGGCUCAGACCGGGUCAGUCGGUCCAACUCCGGGUCCUGGCUCAUACUUCGACCUGGCGAUGGGACCUGGAAGCCAUGGGGUAGGCUUGAGGCGUGGCGCGAACGUGGUGCCUCCGACGGGCUGGGUUAUCGUUUCGAGCUAAUUUCGGACACUAACGGAGGCAUGGGUGCGGCCGGCAUUGUACUCUCGGAAUCCACGCUUAGUUCAAAUAAGGGCGGGAAGUUUGUCAUCGACCUUGGCGCCAACUCAAACGGGCGAGCGACGCUGAGUAGCACCACGUCACCGGCGUGUAGCCCGAGAGGCAGCGGGGAUUACGGGUAUGGAUUGUGGCCAUACUGUAUGUACAGCUUUGUAAUGUCGGCUAGCGUGGAAGGAGAGGGAAAGUGCAGUAAACCCUCUGUGGAGGUGAGCGUGCAGCACGUGAACUGCACAGAGGAUGCUGCUGCUUUCGUUGCUUUGGCUGCUGCCAUUGAUCUGAGCAUGGAUGCUUGCAGGCUUUUCUCUCAACGGCUGAGGAAGGAGCUGUGUCAGCAGAAUGACCUACUGGGUUGAUACGUCGUCGUCUUUGCGUCCCCUUUCAAAUUUUUAAGGUUUUUUUUACAGCAUUGCAGUGAAUAAUAGUCUUAAGUAGGGAGUAACUAACUGUGUACAGUUUGGGGGAAGAUUAGACAGGCACGCUUUGUUUUAACUUGUGUUAAUUGUUGUGUUUUUCUUGAGAUUAUUGUGUAGUCGCUGACUCAAAAAUCUUUAUUUUUUUAAAUUAAUUUGUAAUUUGGAAUGAUUGAUGAGGUGGAAUGGCAUGGUUUGUCAACUGUGAGUUGGCAAACUCCUUUGGAUC